CACAUCUGACAACACCAAUGAAUUCGUAAGCUUUGGUUGGUAGCGUGUUUUAUGCCGAUUUUCCUUUUACUGAAGUAGUUUUUGGAGAAGACUAUAAAAAUGGCUAGAGCUAAGGGAGAAAAGAAAAACAAAUCUGCCAUCAAUGAAGUGGUAACCCGUGAAUACACAGUUAACCUUCAUAAACGCCUCCACGGCAUUGGUUUCAAAAAAAGGGCCCCCAGGGCUAUCAAGGAAAUCAGAAAGUUUGCCGAAAAGCAAAUGGGUACCCCAGAUGUCAGAGUGGAUACUAGAUUGAACAAACAAUUGUGGUCCAAGGGAAUUAGGAACGUUCCCUUCCGCAUCCGUGUGCGUUUGGCAAGACGUCGUAAUGACGAUGAAGACUCUGCCAACAAAUUAUAUACUCUUGUUACAUAUGUACCAGUUGCUACAUUCAAAGGAUUACAAACAGAAAAUGUAGAUGCAAGCCAAGAGUAGAUUGUAAUUAUUUCAUAAAAUAAAUUAAAAUCGCAAAUA